AGUUCCGUGUUGUUAGCUUAGCUUAGGCGGUGUGCUUACUAGAAUGAUAACAACGUUAUGAAGCGUCUUAAUCAUUAUAAUAUAAUGAUUGUAUGUUACUGUUAGUUCAUAACAGUUAAGGGUGAAUUCGCCUCAGCUUUGCAGCAUGGGCUUUCUUUCAAAAUGUUUUGCAGAUAACUUGGAGAGUUCUGCUGCCAUGUAGAUCUGCUCACUGGCUGCUGUUCUCCGUGUUUACAUCCCUGUUGCCGCUUCAAUGGGGAAAAGGAAAGACAUGAUUCACCCCAGGUUCCUCGGUGAGGGCGGCUCCAGCCUGCACAGCGUUCACAAGCGCAAACACAAAAAACACAAGAAGCACAAGAGGAAGCACCACAGCUUCCCCGAGGCCCCGGAGCCCCCCCCGGUCCCUCGGCCCCCCCCACAGCUCCGACUCAAGAUCAAACUGGGGGGGCAGACGCUGGGGACCAAGAGUGUUCCCACCUUCACCGUGCACCCCGGUGUCGCCUGUCCUCCCUCUCCUUUGAUGAUUAUUAACAAUGUUGAUAAUGACGAUGACUCGGAUGAUGAUGAUGACUCAGAUGAUGGUGAUGGUGACGACGAUGAGCCGUCUGUGCCUUUGGAGCAGUAUCGAGCCUGGCUUGACAUAGACUCAGACUCCAUGAUGGUGCCCGUGGACGAGGAGGAGCGGUGGCUCGAGGCUCUGGAGAAAGGAGAGCUCGACGACAACGGGGAGCUGAAGAAGGAGGUGGACGAGUCUCUGCUCACAGCGCGGCAGAAAGCGCUGUUACACAAGCAGCAGACCCAGCCGCUCCUGGAGCUGCCGAUGGGCUACAAGGAGAAGGAGAUGACGGCGGAGAUGAUGCAGAAGCGGGAGGAGCGAGCGCGGAAGAGACGCCUGCAGGCGGCCAAGAAGGCGGAGGACAGCAAGAACCAGACCAUCGAGAGGCUGACCAAAACCAGCAAGGCCAAGAUCAAGAGCAUGAGGGAGAGGAAGUCCAAGCUGAGCCAGAGCCCCAUGGUGCGCUACCGAGACAACGCCCUGGGAAUGAACAUCUCCUUCCCCUCGGGGGUUCCUGCUCCGACCCCCACCCCCCCCUCUGCUCCUCCUGCAACCCCCCUGACCUGCGGGGUCACCGGCUGCCCUAACAUCAAGAGGUACGCCUGCUCCAAGAGCGGGGUGCCCCUCUGCAGCCUCGAGUGCUACAAGAGGAACAUGCUGCUGGUUCAGAGCGCUGCGUGAACUCUAAAGGACGAAUGAACUCUGUUACUACAUCCGGAUGAAGGUGCAUACAGACUACAUCCUCAAACAUUUGAAUGGAUGCGUCUGGAAAGGAUCAUUUGAACUCGACACAAAUCAUUUCAGGACUGAAUCUUUUUUGUUGUUGCCGUGUCAUCCUUAUAAUAAUGGUUUUCCCUGGUCACACAAUUCAAUUAUGUUCAUUAUAAAAUGCAGAAUUCUAAGAUAUGUUUGCCGAGUCUUAAUCAAUACUGAUAAGAUUCAUAUUUGUUGGAUAUGUUUGGAGAAAGAAUAGCAUUAUUUCCACUCCCUUUGUCAGUAAUGUAGAAUUAUGUUGUGGAGACGGACAAACAAUAAAAGAGAGUUGCUUCUUUAA